AUGCCUUCAGGCAAGCUCGUGGCCGGCGUGGCCAGCUCCGGAGUCGCUGCACCCAUCGCGGUCGGAGUGAAAACAUCGACUACUUGCUACUUCUUGCUGAAAGCGUGCAAGCCAAAGCUCGGGGAGCAGCCAGAAACAAAGUUCGGUUGCAACGCCAAACAGCAGCACUUCGCGGAGCUCCUGGCCGCAGCGGCCGAGGCCGAAGAGUCGGGCCUCGAGAUAGAGGAGGGCGACGAGGCGGCACAGCGCCGUGCUCUGGCCCUGUAUCGCCAGGCCCACAGCAUCCUCAAUGAGCUUCCACUCGAGGAGGUGUGCAGCGACUACAGGGUGCUUGAAGCCUUGCUGCGGCUGCACAUUGCUUGUGCGCGUGUACUUACGCUCCUGGGCCAGCCAUAUUUGGCCAUGCAGGAGGCGGCGGAGGCCCUUCGCCUCCCGUCUCCCGCCGCCGUCGGUGGGGCCGCAGUACCGACGAAGAUCGCCGAGGCGCAGCGGCUCCAAGCGAAGGCAGUCCUUACCAUGGAGAAGGCCAACGAGAUGUACUAUGGAGAUGAGAGCGAGCAUUUGCUCAUCCUGCGCGCCGUUCGGCGGGGCCUCGUGGGGCUCAGCGCGGCAAACCUGGCGAAGGAAGCAGACCUCAAGGAUCUGGAGCUGAUUGAGCUCCUAGCGGCAGGUGGGCGGCCCUUCGACAGCGAGGGCCGACUGAUUCAGAGGGCUGCGUCCUUCGGAAAGCUUCACGCAGCCGGUUCGGCGGCGCAGGUCGUCACUGCAAGGCGCCAAGCACGCCGAGCUUCAACGCCCACCUGUGGACUGGGUCGCUGCUGUCCCCCAGCUGCCAGGCCAGCCAGCGAGUCCGGCAGGCGAUGCCUCUCCGCAAGCAGGCCCCGCAGUGAUUCCGGCGGACGAUGCCCCUCUGCGGGCAGGAGGCCGCAAAGCAGCUCGGGGGUCCGCCAUCCUUCUAUCGGGAG